UGAAGAGUGCUGCUUUUUCUUUUCUUCGCUGACUGAUAUCAUGAACGAAGAAGCCAGUGCAGGUUCGACGCAGUUUGCUGCUCAUCUGGGCCAGAUGGAACCAUUCGACGUUUCCAAGAAUGACUGGGCGUCGUACGAAGAACGACUAACGUCGUUUCUAAUCGUCAACCGCGUUCCCGAAGGUGACAGAGUACAUGCAUUCCUGAGCAUCAUCGGCCCCAGUACCUACAGUCUUCUGAAAUCGCUGGUUGCCCCGGAGCUGCCUUCAGCCAAGAGCUUCGAGGUGCUAAAGAAGACCCUGGGGGACCAUCUGUCGCCGAAACCGUCGGUCAUUGGCGAGCGAGCAAAGUUCCACAGGAGGCAGCAAGUCGAAGGCGAACUCGAGCCGACGGAAGUCAAGCUCCGCACCUAUACAGGAGCCCUGGUGAUACCAAAAGGCGUCCUACAGGUCAAGGUGCAGCACGGCGGCCACACGGCGAGCCUUCCUUUAUACGUCGUCGACCAGGAGGGGCCGCCAUUGCUGGGCCGGGAAUGGCUUCAGGCAAUUAGGCUGGAGUGGAGCAAAAUCUGGGACGUCCACCAUCUGCCAAGGUCAGAGCCACCCAUUUCUCGUCGUUUAGAGGAAAGGUUACAUGCUUUGAUCACAAAGUACGGCUCUCUUUUUAAAGAUGAGUUAGGCAUGAUUACAGAAGAAAGGGCCGAGCUGUAUUUCAAGCCUAAUCAGGCACCGAAGUUUCUAAAAGCAAGAAACGUGCCGUUCGCGCUGCAAAAGUCGGUGGAGGCUGAGCUUUCGAAGAUGGAAAAAAUGGGCAUCAUAGCACCCGUUGCCACAUCAGAUUACGCAACGCCAGUGGUACCUGUUAUCAAGAAAGACGUUUUCAAAGAUUGA